AUGCGGACCCUGCUCCCCGCUCAAAUUAUCUUCUCAAUCCUAACCGUAUUCUGUAUCGUGUUCGAUGCCACUCUGCUAUUCUGCGUGAUAUUGAAAAGAUGGAAGAAUGAGUUGAAAGGCCCAUUUUUCUACAUCGUCUUCAUGACGUCAUACGGAAUUACCAGCAAGAUUUGCGAGCUGUUCAUGGUAGACUCAUGGGCCCUUUCUGACAUCCUGGAGGUGUCAUACCAAGGAUACCGGGAUUGGAUCGGAGAGGAGGUCACCCUUCUCUUCACCUUCUCCUAUCUGGGACCGCUCUUUCUAAACUGGUUAAUGACCUUCCAUCGGAUCUCCAUCUUCUUCGCUCCUAUCAAGAGUGCUAGCUGGUUCUCUGAAAAGAACAUCUUCGCCUAUAGCUCCAUGAUCAGUGCCACUAUUCUCACUUGGCUUCUCAUUCCCUAUUUCUCAGAUUGCACUUUGAAUUUCAACGCCUUGACAAGCCGAGUCGAGUCAGCGUGCGCUCCAGGAAGACAUCCGAUCACCCUAUUCCAAAACAAGUAUUUGAUCUACGUCCCACUGGCUUCUAUGGUAGUCAACUCCACAAUGGUAUUGUACUUGAAGAUCUCCAGAAAACUCUGGAAACCAACUGGACCCGUAUUGGUUUCUCAAUCACAUGUGAAGCGAGAGAAUGUGAUGAUUCGACAAGCGUUAUUCAUCGGAUCCUAUCUCUCAGUGUACGAGAUUUUGUAUCUUCACUUGAGACUUUAUCCGGAACACUUUGAAAGUCUCCCUCUGGAAUUCCAAUCAAUCUCCUAUGACCUCCGCCUCUUCGCUAUCGGAUCCAUCAACUUCAUCGUCUACUUCGUCGAGACCAAGACUACACGAAACCUAGUUCUCAGCACUCUCGGAUGGUCUAAGACCAACAAGAUCGGAUUGGUUCCAACAAUUGCAUCUCGAAGUUGA